AUGGGGACGGCGGGGAAGAACGCGUGGGUGGUGCCGGCGCCGGCGUACAGGGAGGUGGAGGGGUGGGAGGGCGUGGGGGAGGACGCCCCGGGCUUCAGGUGCGGCCACUCGCUCACCGCCGUCGCGCCCACCAAGGGCCACGGCCCGCGGCUCAUCCUCUUCGGCGGCGCCACCGCCAUCGAGGCCGGCGCGUCCUCUGGCCUCCCCGGCAUCAGACUCGCGGGGGUGACGAACUCGGUGCAUUCGUACGAUGUGGAGAAGCGGAGGUGGACGAGGUUACAUCCCGCUGGAGAACCUCCAUCACCAAGGGCUGCGCAUUCUGCAGCCGCUGUGGGCACCAUGGUUGUUUUCCAGGGUGGGAUUGGACCAGCAGGGCACUCCACGGAUGAUCUCUAUGUCCUUGACCUCACAAACGACAAGUUUAAAUGGCACAGGGUUGUUGUUCAGGGGGCUGGGCCUGGUCCUCGCUAUGGUCAUUGCAUGGAUUUGGUAGCUCAGCGUUAUCUUGUCACCGUUUCAGGAAAUGAUGGAAAGCGGGUCUUAUCAGAUGCUUGGGCUUUGGAUACUGCACAGAAACCAUAUAGGUGGCAGAAACUUAGCCCUGAGGGCGAUAGACCUUCAGCAAGAAUGUAUGCUACUGCCAGUUCACGUUCGGAUGGCAUGCUUUUACUUUGUGGUGGAAGGGAUGCUUCUGGAACACCACUUUCUGAUGCUUAUGGACUACUAAUGCAUACCAAUGGCCAGUGGGAGUGGACUCUAGCUCCAGGGGUAUCUCCAUCUCCAAGAUAUCAGCAUGCAGCUGUUUUUGUUGGUGCUCGGUUGCAUGUUACUGGAGGUGUCCUUAGAGGAGGAAGGGCCAUCGAAGGAGAGGGCGCAAUAGCAGUCCUCGACACCGCUGCUGGAGUUUGGUUGGAUAGAAAUGGCAUUGUGACCUCCCGCACUUUAAAAUCAUCUAAUGAGCAUGAUGCUUCUUCGGAUCUACUUCGUCGCUGUCGUCAUGCAGCUGCCUCUGUUGGUUCUCAGAUAUACAUUUAUGGUGGACUGAGGGGAGAUAUCCUCCUCGAUGAUUUCCUUGUUGCUGAGAAUGCACCUUUCCAGUCAGAAAUUACAUCAUCUAUGUACGGUGCUGAUAGAGUCCCGAGGGGGGAAACUCAAAAUAGAAAUCAUAAUUAUUAUUCGGAUUCACCUGUCCAGCAAUCUUCAAAUAACAGCACGGACAAAAAGUCAAUUGACAUGUUGAUAGAGGCCUCAACUGCGGAAGCUGAAGCUGUAAGCGCUGUAUGGCGAGCUGCUAAGGAAGCAUCUGCAGCAUCUUCAGAAGACAGUCUUUCAGAGGGAAUAGGGUCUGAGUCCCCACUGAGUGAGACUUCUCCAAUGCCUGAAGAUUUUGAUGAUGGGGGCUCCCUAGAGCCAGAUGUGAAACUGCAUUCUAGAGCAGUUGUAGUUGCUAAAGAAGCAGUAGGAGACUUAGGAUGCUUGGUCAGACAGCUUUCGCUCGAUCAAUUUGAGAACGAAAGCAGACGAAUGCACCCUUCAAGUAAUGAUCAAUCUUAUCCAGGCAGGAGAGCAUUAAACAGACAACGAUCGCCACAAGGUUUGCAUAAGAAGAUUAUUUCGUUCUUACUUAAGCCAAGGAAUUGGAGAGCUCCUGCUGAUAGAACCUUCUUCCUUGACUCUUACGAAGUUGGCGAGCUAUGCUAUGCUGCUGAGCAGAUUUUUAUGCAAGAACCAACUGUUUUACAAUUAAAAGCACCAAUUAAAGUAUUUGGUGAUCUUCAUGGGCAGUUUGGAGACCUAAUGCGCCUUUUUGAUGAAUAUGGUUUCCCGUCAACUGCUGGUGACAUAACGUACAUUGAUUAUCUCUUCUUGGGAGACUAUGUUGACCGAGGCCAGCACAGCUUGGAAACAAUAACUUUGCUUCUUGCUCUUAAAAUUGAGUACCCAGAAAAUGUGCACUUGAUCAGGGGAAAUCAUGAAGCUGCUGACAUCAAUGCUCUUUUUGGCUUUCGCCUUGAAUGCAUCGAGAGAAUGGGUGAAAGUGACGGGAUUUGGGCUUGGACAAGAUUCAAUCAACUGUUCAAUUACCUCCCACUUGCUGCCAUGAUAGAAAAGAAAAUAAUUUGCAUGCAUGGUGGCAUUGGAAGGUCAAUAAACACCGUGGAGCAAAUUGAGAAACUCGAAAGGCCUAUCACAAUGGAUGUUGGGUCCAUUAUUCUCAUGGACCUCCUAUGGUCUGAUCCUACAGAGAAUGAUAGCGUUGAGGGUUUGAGACCAAAUGCACGAGGACCUGGCUUAGUGACAUUUGGGCCUGAUCGAGUAACAGAAUUCUGUAAGAGAAACAAAUUGCAAUUGAUCAUAAGAGCCCAUGAGUGUGUUAUGGAUGGGUUUGAGCGUUUUGCUCAUGGUCAAUUGAUCACUUUGUUUUCAGCAACUAAUUACUGUGGUACUGCGAACAAUGCUGGGGCCAUACUUGUGGUUGGCAGGGGCUUAGUUGUUGUACCGAAGCUAAUUCAUCCACUUCCACCACCUGUUAAUUCACCUGAGUCCUCCCCUGAACGUGGGGAUGCCACAUGGAUGCAGGAACUUAACAUUCAGCGGCCACCUACUCCAACCAGAGGGCGGCCACAAGCUGCCGGUGACAGGAAUUCUCUUGCUUACAUAUGAUACAUGACAGAGCCACCUCAAGCUUCUGGAUCUGUUGUUUGUAAUCAGAAAUUUGUUGGCAGUUUCAAGGUACAUAUGGUAUACCCCAGAAGAACAAUCAACCAACAGGACAUCAUGGAUACAAUUGUGAAAAGUUCCCUGGUGAUCCAUAGUGAUGCAUCGGUGUUAGCUGUAGUUGAUGUGGUACAAUGAUUUGAUCUCCUCAUUGGGAAGCUACAUAAUAAUAGUUCAGAUCGCUAUAUGCUUCCCAACCUGAUUCGGCCUCUCUGUAGUUCAUUGUUUGGAGGGGAAGAGUGCGACAGUGAUAUGAAGGAGAAUAAUCAAAGUCUGAUGUAGUUUGCCGUAAUAGCUCACCUGUAAUUGUAGUGCACAUAGCUAAGAAGGCUUUUUUCCAUGUGUUUGUAUACCAUGCCUCCAGUGUGGAGCCGCAGUUUAAACACAAUAGCUAUACAACUUAUCAGAUUCUGAGUUUAGAUUGGCCUUAGAUUUGAGGCUUUUCAUCUGCUCUUUGUGGAGCGUGAAUGUUUGUAAGUUAAUGAUUGAAUUUAUGUAGGCGUCUGUGCAAUAAACUAAUUAAGUUAUGAUCAAAUUCAGCGACUCUGAUUCAGGCU